AUGGCAAAUCAAGUAACUGUUGGAGCACUCUUUCAAGAAGGAACGUCGCAAGUCAGGCCACCAAAUUUCAAUGGACAACACUUUUCUUACUGGAAAGUGCGAAUGAAAAUAUAUGCAAAACCUUAUGAUGUCAAAGUAUGGUGCGUUAUCAAAAAGGGUAACUAUCCACUAACAGCAGCAGCUCAACCACCCGUUGAUCCGGAAGAUAUAGAUGAAUACACAAAUGAGCAAAUAACAGUUGUUCAGGUCAAUGCUAAGACACGAAAUUUACUCUAUAAUGCUAUAAGUGGAGAAGAGUAUGAGAAAAUCUCAAAUUGUGACACAGCCACAGAAAUGUGGGAUAAAUUGGAAGUUACUUAUGAAGGAACCAGCAAGGUGAAAGAAACUCACAUAAACAUGUUGGUUCAUGAUUAUGAACUCUUCCAGAUGAAAGAAGAAGAAUUCAUUGAGGAAAUGUUUGCAAGGUUCAGCAAAAUCAUUGGUGAUCUAAAAGCCUUUGGUAAACCCUACUCAAGUGGUGAUCAAGUUCGAAAAAUUCUAAGGAGUUUACCUACCACUUGGCAGAAAAAAGUAGUCGCACUCGAAUCUCAAGAUCUAAACAAACUUUCAUAUGAUGAACUACGAGUAGAUCUUAUAGCAUUCGAGAAAACAUAUCUCAAGAAAAAAAAUCAGGAAGAAAAGAAGAAAACAGUUGCUUUCAAAGCUACAACUGAAAGACCAAAAAAUGAUAUAGAUGACGACCCAGAAGCUCUUGAAGAGGAGAUUGCCAUGGUAUCAAGAAACGUGGAUAGUUUAAUGAGAAGGUAUAGAAACACAAUAAGGGGAAGGAUGUCAUCCAGACGAACCAGAGGAUUCAACAAAAACAAAUCUUUUGGAAGCUGGAGUGAUGAAAAAAGCUCAGAACAUGAAGAAAUAGCAAACUUGUGUUUCAUGACGAUUCUCGAUAAUGACAUGAACAAAUACUCUGGAUGUUGGACUGAUGAAGACACAUCAGAUAAUGAAAGCAAAGAAAAUACUGAAAAUUGUUUCAUGGCAUGUGGUGAAACAAGCGAGGUAAGAUCAUAUAAAAGUGAUAGAUGUAAUGAAUUGCAGGAUAUUCUUGAUCUCACCCUAAAGGAGUCUCAAAAGAUGUUGAAUGAAUUGAGAAGACUCAAUAGGGAAAAGAAGGACUGGGAACUCAAACUUGAAGUAUAUGAAAUCGAAAGAGAUGUACUUCAAGAUGAGGUUCAGGAAUUGCAAAUGCAAUUGAAUGGCAUGCGUAAAUCCACCAGUCACAGUUCCGUCAAGUCCAACCAGGCGACUUACAAGUCAACUGGAAAAGGGGCAGCUAGAAUUGAAUCCACAAAAAUAUCAAUCAAUGAUGGAUUUGGAAACCCAAAGACAAACCUGAUUCUAGUAGAACUAACCAGCAAGGACCCAAGCAAGCUUGGGUACCUAAAAGAAAGUGACAAAAACUUGUUCAAAGAAGUUACUAAGAUAAAUGGAGGAAGUGUCAAAUUUGGUGAUGAUUCAAGAGGAAAGAUAGUUGGCACCGACACAGUUCCAUUCACUAACAACUGUGAAAUUACUGAUGUAUAUCUUGUAGAUGGACUCAACUAUAAUCUCCCGAGUAUAAGUCAUCUCUGUGAUUCAGGGUACAAAGUUAAAUUCAAGAAAACAUGA